UGUGUGAACUCCACGCAUCCACUCACUCACACGUAGAUGCAGACCCUUUCACUUUCUGUCUCCAAUUCCUUCCUCUCUUUGUUUCUCGACUCACAAGCUCCAUGGCCACCACUACCAACCCUUUAACCCUUUCAUCCUCCAAAACCCACUUUCUCUGUUUCUCUAUCCCUUCUCCCAAACCGCUUCUUCUUUCCCACUCAAACCUCUCCCAUUCUUCGCCCAAGUCUUUACUCUGUUAUCACUACCUUCCCAGGAACUCUGUUCCGCGAAUCACAUGCAAAGCAACCCAAGUUUCCGUCGCCGAAGAGUCAUCGGCGUCCGGUGACGGCGGCGGAGGGAAUGCCAACUGGGUUCCGGUGGUGCCGCUGUCGGCCCUUCCCAGGGGAGAGCGGCGCGUGAUUAUUCAGGACGGCGAGACGAUAUUGCUGCUUUGGUAUAAAGAUCAAGUUUACGCCAUUGAAAAUAGGUCACCUGCUGAAGGCGCCUACAGUGAAGGCUUGCUCAAUGCCAAGCUCACCCAGGAUGGGUGUAUAGUUUGCCCAACAACUGAUAGCACAUUUGAUCUAAGAACAGGAGACAUCAAGGAGUGGUAUCCAAACAAUCCUGUUCUGAGAGUUCUCACACCUGCUUUGAGGGCACUCUUUGUAUAUCCUGUGAAAACAGAUGAACAGAAUAUUUAUAUCAGCAUGAGAGGAAAUCUAAAAUCGGAUGCUUCUGCUGAAAUUGUGUUUAGUGGGAAGGCUCAACCUGGUGUAACAGCAUCUGAUGUCAACGUUGAUGAGGUUAGAAUGGUGGUUGAUGAGGAUCAAGAAGGAUUUGGUUUUACUGGGAAGAACGAAAUAAUAAACGGGAAAGCAGCUGUUAUUGGUUUCCUCCUGUUGUUGGAUUUUGAGCUUUUAACGGGUAAGGGUCUUUUAAAGGGAACUGGCUUCUUGGACUUCUUAUAUUCCGUGUCUAAUGCUCUCAAUUAGACAUCAUCUUUGUCUUGUCAUUUCAGCUAUGAAAAUAUUAUCUAAUAUUGUACAUCAUGAGUCUAGAUCCUGGCAAAUCUAUAACCUUUUAUUUUUUGUUUC